AUGAACUGCGACCAGAACUAUCCCUUCCCACAAGUGUUUGUUGUGGAUGGAGGUCAACAGCAGCAUCAGCAGCAUCAGCACCACCAUUCAGACCCGCUUCCAAAUGUGGUACCCUGCUGGUCCUUCCCGCCUGCCCAGAAAAGGCUGAAGGGUCGCAGGCCAAGUGGCUGCUUCAAGGGGGUCAUCCCUGGGCUCACCACGGUCAUGCUGCUGCUUUUUGUGCUGGUGUUUGCGGCACUGGGCUUUGGGGGGUACCAGAUUCACAACAUGCAGGUAGAAAUGAAGGACAUGCGCAAGAUUUCACAUCAGGUCAAGUCGGUGCAAGAACUGAGCAGAACAGAGAAGCAAAUUGGCUCCAAUGGAGGAAAAAGAGAUGAGAAGAAAGAAAAAGAUGAAAGGCCCGCAGCACAUGUGAUAGGUCGAAUAGAAAAAGUCACCUUCCGCAAAACCCUGCGUUGGGACACGCGGGUGGGCCAAGCAUUCACCGCCGGGGGUGUGGCGUACCAGGUGGAGGACGGCGCACUGCGAGUCAACCGGAGUGGACUGUACCACAUCUACUCGCGAGUGGAGCUCAUCUUCAAGAAAUGCACGCCCACGUCCUCCUUUGUUCACACUGUGUUUGUGAAAAGGGCAGGGCAUCCCCUUGGACCUGUGACCCUGAUGGAGGCCCACAGGGCAGGAUUCUGCUCCCGGCAGGCGGACCAUGCCUGGACAGCCGACAGUUACCUAGGUUCAGCUCUGCAGCUGGAGGAGCGCGACAGAGUCAUGGUGAACGUGUCGCACCCCAAAUAUCUCAGUGACUCGCAUCAAGGCAACUUUUUUGGCUUGUACCAGAUCUGAACACUGACUCAGAAGUCACCCAUGCACCUAAAGUGUCAUGGUGGGAAUUAUACGAAGGACUCACACAGUAUUAAUUAGACAAUUAUGGCUUAACACUAACUUAGUGUGUAUAUUUUUCAAGAAAAUAUUUAU